GUCACUUGUUUGUUUUCUCUUUCAGCCGUUUGCAGUCUGCACUCUUUACGCCAUAUUGCAGUGUGUUUUAAUAUAUUACUGACCGUGAAAUAACGUACAGUUUGUGUUUCAGGAUUUUGUGUUAAUAUUGUGUAUUUUAACUUUGUUAUAUUAUUUAUUAUCUACUAUUGUAAUGAUGGAAUUUGUUAUCGUUUUGAUAUUUUGUGUGGUUCUUGUGAUUGCUGUAAUGGUAAUUGGUUCCGGGAUGGGGAAAGCUACUUCUUCGCAGCGUCAGAUGGACAUCAUUAACGUCGCUCAGAACUUAUAUGUUUUAAUUAGGAAAGGCGACUUGAAGAAAUGUGACGUUACGCAGACGACCGCGUUUCUUCUCAACAUCGCAAAGUCAACUGUUCUCAAGUACUACAAGAAAGACAUUGAAGAAGUUUCAACACCAGGAAAAAAGAGGAAAAAAAGGCCACAGGAAGGAAAGGCACUUGACACAGUCGACGAUUUCACAGUAAAUGCAAUCAGGAAUGCAAUUUACAGGAUGUACGCUGAAGGUUUGAAUGUUACAGUCGACACCAUUUUGAAAGAAAUCAGGGAAAGACAAAUAGAUUAUUAUGGUGGAAGAUCAAGUCUUCAUAAAUUGUUAAAGAAGAUGGGAUUUUCAUGGACAACUGUUGAUGGACGAAAAGCUUUGAUAGAGAAUGAAAACAUAGUAUUGAAGCGAAUAGAUUUCUUGAGAAAGUAUAAAGAAGAAAAAGAAAGAGGUGCCAAUUUCAUAUUUGUUGAUGAAACAUGGAUUUUCCAGAGAGGCAAGGCAUUAAUUUAUUUGAAAAUUUGUUCUGUGGUCCAAUACAAAGUAUUUCAUUUCCAUUUCAUAUAUUUUUCAGGAACUGUAUCAAAGUCAUGGCAGGACAAGAGUCUACAAUCUGCGAAGAGACGUACUGUUGGAGAUGGUAAAAGGUUUAUUGUUGUUAAUGCUGGAGGGCGCACUGGCUUUGUGCCAGGAGCAGGAUUACUUUUUGUUUCAGGUCAGAAGACUGCAGACUACCAUGUCGAGAUGAAUGGGGAAACUUUCUUGAUGUGGUUUGAAGACAUGUUGGUGCAUCUUGAGGAACCCAGUGUCAUCAUAAUGGACAAUGCUUCAUAUCACAGCACCCAGGUUGAGAAAACACCUACAACGAACUGGACCAAGGAUGCACUGAUCGCGUGGCUGGAGAAGAAUGAGAUAAAACAUGAAAAUAAUUUGUUGAAAGUGGAGCUGCUGAGAAUAGCUAAACAAAACAAGCCCCGAAUACGAUAUGAGGUAGACGAGUUGGCUCGUAACUAUGGCCACGAAAUUCUACGACUCCCACCCUAUCACUGCCACUAUAAUGCAAUCGAACUAGUUUGGGCUCAAUGUAAACACCAUUACAAUAGUAACGUGGGGCGGGCCAAGAGAUUUGACAAUGAUGCAGUUGCAGCCAUCUGGAAAGAGGCUCUUGAUGCUUCCACACCAGAGAGAUGGGCGAGGUGUGUGGAUCACGUGGAGAAGCUAAUUCAAGCAGACUGGGAGAGAGAAGUCCACAUAGACAGCGGCACCAUUCCUCCACUCAUUAUCCACCUCGGCGAGGAUAGUUCAAGUGAAGACAGUGACAGCGAAGAAUUUGAGGUUACGACACAGCAAGUAGAUGGAGACAGUGAAGUACUGGCAGUUCCUCUUGAUGAUUUACCCGGGUGUUCUUAUUGAGGUCUGUAUGUAAUAAACACCUGGGCAACUGUAAGUAUUGGGGUUUGAAACAUUUUUUUUCUUUUAUGCAUUCCCAUUAAGUAUGUUGAUUACUGGAACUUUAUGUAUUAACUUUAUAUUACACAUAUUAUAAAAUUAAUAAUAAAUUUCAUUUCUGGAUUCGUAUAGGUGUAUGUGAAACAUUUUAUUUUGUUGUGUCUCUUCAUUUUUCAGUGAACUUACUUGGAAAACAAAAAGCCAGUCCCCAUCCAGGGCCACAAAUAAAUAAUGCAUAUAAGUGGUAUAGAAAUUACUGUCAAUUCUUUACCACAAUUUUACUGUUCAUAAAAUUAUGAUUUUGUCUAAUAAGUAUACUCAGGAAAAUGUAUAUAACCAUAUUUUUAUUUGUGGCCUUAACCGGCAAAAUGGUAGGGGUUUAUUAAAUAAAAGAAGAAAAUUCAUUUUUAAAUGUUUUCAUCUGAAUUUGUUAAUUUUAUUAAACCUUUAAUCCUUAGUCUUUUCCAGAUUGCUUAGAUGGACAGCCAUAUGUAUAAUUUACAAUACUUUUUUUUUCAGAUGCAGAAAACUGUGUUGAACUGUACUAAAGGAUGAUAUUUAUUGCUUACAUAAAUGUUGUAAAUUUAUAUGUUCUCCUAAAAAUUUACUUUAAAUUAUAUGUUAUUUCUUUAGCUAACAAACUUAUUUUUUAAUAUUUUUACCAUUGGGUAUCAUA